UUUACAACAUUCAUUAUGAUAUAUAUAUAAGAUGAAGAAAAUCAAUCGAAGCUCAAGCUGAAGAUCCUCCCCAGAUCAGGGCAUUUCUUGCUUGGUUCUUCGCGGAUACGAAUUAAUCGAUCGAUUAAUCAGAUUGCAGCAGCCCUUUUAUUUGCUGGGGCUGAAUUCAUGGGAAAACCAAAGCAAAGACAUGUAGCAGCGAAGCCUGCAAGCAAAAAGAAUGAUUCUGAUGGAGAAGAUGGUUGGGUUAUAGUAAAAAAGCAGAGAGUCACCAUUCUGGUGCCUCCCCUUCCUGUUGGGAGGAUGCUAGACCCAGGACCAAGUAAGCCAGAUGCAACUGUGCCGGUGAAAGCAGUCAAUCAUAAAUCGACUGUUCUGAUUGAGGCUACUACUAAUACCAGGAGGAUUUCUUUAGUUGAUGAACUGGAGAAACUCGCACCAUUGGCUCCUAAUAGAGGUGGUGAUCCUAUUACUGCCACAGCAACUCCUCCCGCACACCACUUUUCAGCUUUACACAGUCUACGUAGACUGAAUGUAACCAUGGAAUCGAGAAAGCCAAACCUAGCUGAUACUUUUAGGUCUAUUGAUGCGCUUGGAGUUUCGAACAUAUCCAAAACAAUCAAGCGGUCAAGACUUUUGCUUGGGCCAGGUAGUUUCCUUGAUGGUGAGAUGCUGCUAAAUCAGAGGCUAAGGGCAUCACUUCUUGAGAAGAAGCUUCAAAAGGCUGGUGGAUUGAGCAGGUGGUUAGCAUCAAUUGGGUUGCGGCAGUUUGUGAGGAUUUUUCAAGAGAAGAGUUUCAGUAAGUUUCAGCUGGUGAAUCUAAGCAUGAAGAAGCUGAAGGAUAUGGGUGCGGAUGCGGUGGGCCCUCGGAGAAAGCUGAUCCAUGCUAUCGACUGCAUUUGUCAGCCACACUGUUUCGGAGCUCACUAAAAUGUUAAUAAGUCAGCCAAAGAGGAGGGGUGCUUUGAGCCAUCCAGGUACAUAUGCCAUCUUUUUGUGAGUGAUUGAAGUUGUAAGUUGGAGGUAGGUCUUGUUUCAUGACAAUUAGAUAUAACCGUGCUAGAUAAUUUACAGUGCUGUCUACUCGUUAUGGAUUUGCAUGUUGUGUAUAAUUAGUGUGGGGAUUUUGUAAUAUAGAUCGAUUCAAAUCAAGAACACAUCCAGUUUUCUACUGAAAAAACAUGGUCGAUUUGUUCAGGGUGAAAUAGGGUGUGCAUUUCCCAAAGAUUCGGAGCUCCUGAUAGUUACUCUUCUGUAUGCUUGAUAAUGAAUUCCCAUUUCUUUUAAACUACUUCUAAAAUGUUUUGGGCAGCCUAAACAAUACAUAACUCACAAGCAGAGUCCUAUUUAUUGGCUGAGCUGCUAACCAAUUCAUUUGUUCUGCAUCUCCCAAGUCUUAUCCACUAGUGUUAAGAGUGUAGACUAAACUCAGUAGGGUUCAUGUCAUGCCCUCCCCAGUGGACUGAACACGGUAUGAUAUAUGUCUGUGAUGCAUCUCCAGUAUAGCUAUCCUCUCGUUAUAUUAUUGUAGGCGUAAGCAAUAGUCAGCAAAGUCACUUUGCAAGGUUCCAAAAGCUGUAGGAUCAAAUUUCCUCCAGAUAAGGUGUUUGGAAUUGAGAAUCAUUUUUGCUGUACAAGGGAUCAUGGUGAGGAGUGAAUUGAACUGAAUUCUAACGUGCUGCAUAACAGUUUCAAGAUUGUACGCAUACAAUUUAAUAACCUUAUGCCGGGUCUGAGCAUUAGUUCUUUUCCCCCCCUUCCAUGUGAGUUUGUUUGGCAUUAAAAAUCGAAAAUUUUAUGGUAAUUAGUGUAUUCUAUUAGUUAUUUAUGGCCUCACCUUGAAGAAAAAGACAGAUACAAAGAGGAGAGUUAAAAUAAAAUUCAUUAAGAAUAUUUUCAUAUAGAAUUUCUUUUUUCUACUUAUGUCUAUUUAAAAAACAAAAAUAAGUUGAGGAAAUAUCUGAUAUGAUGCGACUACAUCAUAUUGGAUAUCACAUGGGGUUGAACCUCAGUGAUAUUAUCUAGGAGAUGGUAGCGAUAUCAACUUCAAUCAGAAGAGCAGAACUCUAGCUGGAUUUGCCUAUUCCAAUUUUGUUUUUGUAUAUAUUUUUAGAUAACAAGUAUAUACUAAAAUUAGCUAUUGAAAUCAUUUUAAUCCUAAAUCAUUUGAAAAAUGAAAUAGAUGAAUAUGUGUAAGAAAAUUAACAAAUUACCAAAUAGAAAUCAAGCAAAAGCACAAUAAUAAAAUAAAUUUACUGAAGCUAUUUACAUAACCAAGCUAAAUUGAUUCCUAAAAUAUAUUACUGAGUAUUUAUCAUCUAAAUUGACAAUGAAAUAUUUUAAUUUAUCAAGGACUCUCUCUCAAGUAAAAUUAAAAUUACCUACAUACAAUAACGUAUGAUAUUCUUAUAUAAGUUUAAAAGAGCAUAAACACAUUAAUUUCUAUUAUAUUUCAAAAGAACAACAACCACACAAAUCAUGUUGGGACAUCUUUAUUUUUCAUUGUUCAAUUUAUGGCAUGCAUAAGCAAAUAACAUGCAUAAUCUCUCGUAUCAACAUGCACAACAAUCUAUUCAAAUAAUGAUCAAUCAUUUAAAGUUAUUAUAUGCAAUUAUGCAUACUCAGCACAACAAGGAUUAAUAAAUACUUUAAUACUUCUAGAGGUGACCAGUUCGAGCUCCACAAAUCUCAGGGUCACUGGAGGUUUACAUGGUCAUUAACUUCAGGGUUCGUGGGAUAAAUCGAGGUGCGUGUAAGUUGGCAUAGACACCAACAUUAAUAAAAAAAUAUAAAUAAAAAAAUAAGUUAAUAACAUAAAUAAAAAAUUCAAGAAUGUCAAUGAGAGGUUACAUUUGCCGUAACAAUGAUAUUUAUCUUAUAAUCAUACAAUUACAAACCAAAAUCUAUAGAAUACGGAAGAAAAGUAUAAGGAAAAACUUUGUUUAUGUUUAUGUUCAAUCUGCCUUUUGGUCCUCUUACACCCCAACAUUGUCAAUGGAGAAAACCUCUUCGCUAUCAAAUCUAGUAAUGUUCUCUUCUUAUGUCUCUUUCUUUUUUUAUCUGUUCCAAAAUCUCUUCUUAUUUGUUUUUUCAAAACUUGUAGAUUCUAUCCCCUGACUUUUUGCGAGCGACAACGGGAAAAUUCAGGCAUUGGAUACGCGUUGUUAUUUUUAUUAUUUAGGAUAUUUUAUAAAAUACAAAUACAUGUAAUAAAAAUUAAAAAUACUCUUAGAAGUUAGAAGUCCUGAAUUUACCUGAAUACUACUGGCCAGUAAAAAUACCGGAAUACUCUUAAAUUUCACUGGAAAUUUCGAAAAUACCCCUGGUUGCGGGUGUAGCCCACGGGCAGCCACUGUUGGAGGGACCGGGAUUUUCCGGCGCAAAAUUCGGGAAAAAAAGGGAAGAAUGUGGUAGCUCUCGGUGAGAGGACUACAAUGGUGGUGGUUGUGUUGGUCUUUGAUGUCCGGGGAAAGAGGAUCGACGGCUUGAAGCUUCGGUUGGCCGAAGGUUUCGCUGGCUUUUCCCAGCGAUAUACGGCGUCAAAGGCGAUGAAUACAAACUGGGACGUGGUCGGAAGACAGCGAGCACGGGCUAGAAGCAACGCCGGCGAUGAAAGAGAAGAAUACAAGGCUAGAAUCCGGUGUAGGCAACCUUACAGAAGGUUCGAUUUCCCUGUCUAUCACACUGCUUUUGACUCCUAUGAGUGGUUGACAAAACACGCUGACUCGUUAUUUCAUCAUCAUGUGGCUGUUGCUGGAAUUUGGGGACUUUUAGCCCUUCACCUGGCUGAUGAGUCUAUUCUUCCAUUUGAUUACCACUCUUAUGUGGAGCAGUUACAGGGGCAUACAGGUUCCCUGAGCAAACUAUUGGACUGGAACAUAUCUCUUCAUGCUUUAGUAAACUCGAUUCAAGAACUUGCCUCUGCUGCCAAGGUUGUGGAGCAUGAAAUCAAGAGCAGGGGGGAUUAUGUAGAUUUGAAGUUGCGAGUUUUGAAUGAUCGGCUGAUGCCUGCUGAAAGAGGCUUCCUGGAUGCAGAAGGGCUUCGAGGAAGGCAAUGGUUUAAGCAUCUUUUGCCUCCAAGUGACUAUGAAAGCAAACUGGAUUUCUUCCAUGGAAUAGCAAAUGCUCUCUCUCAAUCCAGUAGCAAAAGCCAACAAAACAGGUAAGCAGCAAUUCAGCAUGAGAUAUGGAGAGUUGCCAGAGCCAUCGAAAGGGCUGCCUACAUUUUCAUGUGAUUAUUGAUUAUUGAUUUGAUAGAAAGAUAGGAGAGAUAAGCUCUGAAAAUGCAGAAAUCUACUGCAUGAUUUUGAAACAAAACAUAUUGAAGAUUAGUUGAUGAUGGAUUCCCUUGUGAAUCUUUACAAAUAAAGAUUCGGAGAUUGACAGGAAAUCAGCGUGGAAUUUGGUGCAUUGAUUAUUGGGUCUUGAAAAUAGAUUAGUGGUCGUUGUAGUUUAUAAGAACAAUCAGAAUUGUACUCCUGAAAUUCAAGAUCGUCUCAGGAGCUUUGGUUAUCUUCCUGCCACCUUUAACUUCUUACCUCUCCUUUUUUCUUCUUUUUUCC